CAGCUUUCUAGAAACUUGAGUUGUCUUUGCUCCUUGAGUCUGGGGAAGAGACUGGGCAGAGGCAGAGAAGGGAGGGGGAGUGCAUGAGAGGGCAUGGCCCUGGAAGGCCGCAUAUGAAUGCAGCCACGUAAGUCACAGCUGAGCAGUUUCACUUUCUUUUUCUUCCUCUUUAAAGGACCUGGAAAGAGUUCUCUCUGAACGUACGAGAGGCUCAGAGGUGGUACACUCCUAGGCUCAGGGCACCUUUGGGGCUGUGUAGGGGAUGGCAGGAGGGGACAAUGGAUCCAGUAGCAGGGCAAGCUCAGAGUACCUGAGCGAAGAAGAGUCACCUGACUAUUGGCUCAUCUUCAAGCUCUUCAGAGAAAAUAAGGUGGAAAUCGCAAGUGCCAUCACAAAGCCCUUUCCUUUCCUUAUGAGCCUCCGAGACCGCGGCUACAUCUCUGAGCAGAAGUUCCAGAAUUAUCAGCAAAGUUGUGAAAACCUGAUCCCGGUGGAAAGAGUGGCGUAUGACAUCCUCAGUGACCUACAGAAUGAGUUUAGCCCGUCGCUUAUGGAAGUGAUAUUCAGCAAAACGCAUCUGAAGGCCUACCCAGAUUUAAAGGAGACUCUAAGAAACUUCCCAAAUGUGUCCAGCAAUCACAGGACUCCUCGGAGGAUAAAUGGAAGAGAUGCUGAUGAGAGGCCCAGACUGCCAGCAGUUGUUGCAGAAGAGGAAAGUAGUUUUCAUGAACAAAUGUUUGGUGGACAAGAGCCCCAGGAUGACAGACCCUCAUCACCACCGAGACCUGAAGCAGGAGCAGAGCAAUCUGCAAGUGAAAACGAGAUGUGUUUCUGUGUCAUGUGUUCCCCAGCAUCUGUGCCAGAGGACCCGGAAGCAAGGAUGGAAAGCAGCCAAACAGAUACCGUGGAAACCGGGAACAACACUAUGGUACAAAAAUCCAAGGGGAAGAUAGGAAAAAAGCAAGGUCCCAACUUGUCAAGAGUAAAACAGAGAAGUCCUCAAACUAUACAGCCAGAAAAUGGCAGCAGAGUUGGUCGCCAGCCUGCUGUCGGGAGAAAGAAAACAAAAAAGAAUCCAGGACGUUCUGCCAAGACCAGGGUUCCGAGAAGGUGCAGAAAUAAAAAUGCACGUUUCAGUGCUGAGCUGCUUCCUGUGACAUGUGGUGAUGCUAAGGGAACAUUACACAAGGAUAAAUUCAAGCAAGGGAUCUUCGUGAAGUCCAUACAGAGUGAAGCUGGGGACUGGUACACACCCACUGAGUUUGAAAACUUGGGAGGCCAUGAACGAUCAAAGAACUGGAAAUUGAGUGUGCGCUGCUACAAUUUGCCCCUGAAAGUCCUGAUCCAGAGAAACUUUCUCCCCAAAUUUCCACGAACUUAUGGCAAGAGAAAAAAGCAGAGAACACAGGAUUUGUCUAGCGCCCCAGCUAAUUCUCAUAACUCAGAUGAAUGUGAGGUGUGCCAGAAUGUAGGAUUCCUCUUCUGCUGUGACACUUGCCCCAGAGCCUUCCAUGAGGAGUGUCACAUCCCUGCAGUGGAGGCCGAGAUGACACCAUGGAGUUGCAUCUUCUGCAGGAUGCAGUCCUUAGGAAGCCAACAGACUCAUCUGGAAUCUGAGGUACUGCAGAGGCGGAUGGCACCCCAGGAACAGUUGAAGUGUGAGUUUGUCCUCUUGAGAGUCUACUGCUGUUCUGAGAGUUCCUUUUUUUCCAAGAUGCCAUAUUAUUAUUAUUUUAGAGAGACGUCUGUGGGUAUAAUGGAACCUAUGUGGUUGGACCUGAUCAAGAAGAAGCUUAAAGGGAGAGAUUACUCUCAAGUGAAAGAGUUUGUGCAAGACAUGAGGCUCAUCUUCCAGAACCACAGGACCACGUUCAAGGACCUCAACUUUGGCCAAAUGGGACUUAGACUGGAGUCUGAGUUUGAGAAGAAUUUCAAGGAAGUGUUUGCUAUUCAGGACACAAAUGAAAACAGUUGACUGAUGUCACAAAUGCUGCUGGUGUCCUGGCACCAUGUCCUUUUCCUGCCAGGUCUUCCCAUCUGCAGCAGUGAACAUUCUUUACUGAUGCCAUCAUCUCCAGGGGAUUCUCUGGGUCACAUGGGGACAGCUGCAUAUAGGAGUCACACCUCCUGGUCUUGUGAUCUAUCCCUCUGCCUCCAGCAGGAACAAAGGGUAUGAUAGAUUGCUGUUCUUUGCUCCCCAAGGGUCUAGGCUAGAGGCUGUCUCCAGAUGGCCUGGCCCUAUUUCCCCUGUGACACAUAUGUUCUUGACAGCACUUCAUAGUUAACCAUAAUCUUCCAAGAUGUCAACUCAUGUGGUGAGACACUCCUAUAGUCCCAACCCUUGGAACGCUGAGGCAGGAGAAAUGUGAUGCCAGCCUGGGUUACAUCAUAAGUUUCAGUGACUCUGAUAAAAAAAAAAAAUCAAGAUCCUAGUUCAAGAACAAACAAA